CAAUCCCUAUAAAAAAACCAUCCCUAUUUCUUGCUCCUGGCUGGAUCUCAGCUCUUGAAAGAAAACACGCAAGCGCCAUUAAUGGCAUCCUUGGGAAAAAGAAAAGCAAGCCAGUGAGAGAGAUCAACCGAUUCCAGUUCCUUCUUUGAGAAAUCACAACUGGGAACAAAUUGGAGUGGGACGCACCGAUCAUUCCAAUCCAAAGAUCGUUGUUUUUAUCUUCUUUUUCGUGUUCUCUUUGCGUUGAUUCAGUGCUGGAUUGAGAUUCAGUAAAAAGCGCCGAUCUUUUCUUUGAUUCAGCCUUUGUGGUGAGGGAUUCCAGCCUCAAAAUCAAGUCUUGAGACUUUGUUAUUUGGGGAAUUUGGUGUGCGACAUGGCGAUUGGGAAGUCUGGUCUACUGUCUUGGUUCAAUAAGAAGGUGAUUGAUCCACUCCUGCUGAUUGUCAGAAGGGGUGCUGAACCUAAGCAAUUGGCAUUUUCUACUGCUCUUGGAUUUACUUUGGGUGUGUUCCCAAUUUGUGGAGUCACUGUUAUCCUAUGUGGCAUGGCUAUUGCAUUAAUUGGAAAUCGCUGCCAUACUCCAAGUGUGAUGCUAGCAAAUUUUGUUGCAACUCCAAUUGAGUUUAGUCUGGUGAUACCUUUCCUGCGCUUGGGUGAAAUCAUUUCUGGAGGGCCUCAUUUUCCAUUAACAUCGGAUGCACUGAGAAAGGUUUUCACAGGCCAAGCCACAAGAGACGUACUGCUUAGUAUCUUCCAUGCGUUAUUAGGAUGGUUUGUUGCAGCACCAUUCAUUCUCGGCAUACUUUAUGUUUUUUUCUUGCCAUGUUUCAAGUUCCUCAUUCAGAAGUUCAGUAGUCUUCCGCCCAGCCCGAAAAAGCCGGUUUAUCCUCAGGCAGAGAUCAAGGUUAAAAUGAGAAAUGUGUAGAUUUCUUUGCAGGAAGAUGAUGACUUUUGUUGGCAAAUUUGUUUUACAAUAUCUGUAAAUAUUCAUGCAUCAUUUAACGAUGAUAUGUUGUUGUUUACUCGUGUUUUUCGUUUAACAUACAUCAUCGAUGGUGACAUAACGAUGUUGUGUUAACAAGCUUAAUGCACUAAAAUCCUUUGUUGGUAUGUUUAUGCA